ACAAAAUAUAGUAAUAUUCUACUGUCGUCACACCCACACUAAUUAACCGUAUAUAUUAGAAAGCGUGAUCAACACAAUCAAAAUUCUCACUCACUCUCACUCGUUCACUUCACAACAAGAACAAAUCACAGAGAUUUGUGAUAUGGAAUUGAAGCUGAUGAAGUGCUGCAAAUUAGUGAGGGAGAGCUUAAGAGAGGAAUCAAUAUGAAGUUUUACAUAUCAACUACUGGGAUUAAGAGAUUGAAUAUACCAGGAGGCGGAGGAGGGGGAGGAAAAGGAUCGGCGGCGAAUCGCCGGAUAUCUGGCCGGACAUUGUUGCCGGUUUUGCUGGUUCUUGCUAUAGUUUUGCCCUUUCUUUUUGUUAGAAUUGCAUUUUUAGUACUUGAAUCUGCCACGGCUUGCAAUUCUUCUUUAGAUUGUAUAGGAUGGAGGUUUUUGGGCGGGAGUGACACAUCUCUGAAGCUGAGAGAAGAGCUGACAAGAGCAUUGUUGGAAGCAAAAGAAGGUGGGAUUAAUAAUGAUGAAAGAAUGGAUGAUUCUACUGAAUCAUUUAACGAGCUCGUGAAGGAGAUGACAUCAAAAAGACAAGACAUAAAGUCUUUUGCUUUCAGAACUAAGGCCAUGCUAUCAAAAAUGGAGCACAAGAUGCGGUUAGCUAGACAACGUGAAUCAAUUUACUGGCAUUUAGCAUCACAUGGCAUACCAAAAAGCCUACAUUGCCUUUGCCUCAAAUUAUCUGAAGAGUAUGCAGUAAAUGCCAUUGCUAGAUCUCGUUUACCUUCACCUGAAUAUGUUUCUCGCUUGGCAGACCCUUCCUUUCAUCACGUUGUUCUCUUAACUGACAAUGUACUUGCUGCCUCUGUUGUUAUCUCUUCUACCGUUCAAAACUCAGUUAGCCCUGAAAAAUUGGUGUUCCACAUAAUCACUGAUAAAAAAACUUACACUCCCAUGCAUGCAUGGUUUUCUAUUAAUCCUAUCAACUCAGCAGUUGUAGAAAUUAAGGGAUUGCACCAAUAUGACUGGUCCAAGGAUGUGAAUGUUGGAGUUAAAGAGAUGUUAGAGAUUCAUCACCUUAUUUGGAGCCAUUACUACACUAAUAUGAAAGAAGAAGUCUUUCAGCAUGAAGGAAAGCUGAAAGGAACUUUGCAGGCUUUAAAUCCUAGCUCUCUUUCUCUUUUGAAUCAUCUCCGGAUUUAUCUUCCUGAGCUGUUUCCGGAUCUCAACAAGAUAGUUUUCUUGGAUGAUGAUGUAGUAGUGCAACGUGAUAUAUCAUUUUUGUGGGAAUUGGAUCUCGACGAGAAAGUUGUUGGUGCUGUCAUUGAUGGAUGGUGUGGGGAAAACUGCUGCCCUGGAAGAAGAUACAAAGAUUAUUUGAAUUUUUCUCAUCCAAUAAUCUCAUCCAACUUGGACCCUGACCAAUGCGCCUGGCUUUACGGCAUGAAUGUGUUUGAUCUCAGCAGUUGGAGAAAAGCCAAUAUCACUACAAGUUACCGUAAAUGGUUGGAACAGAGCCUUAGAUCAGGACUGGAUUUAUGGCAACCAGGGGCACUUCCACCGGCCUUACUCGCUUUUAACGGACAAGUGCAUCCAAUUGACCAUUCGUGGCAUCUAGCCGGACUUGGUCAUCGAACCCCUGAUGCUCGCCGAGAGAUAUUGGAAAAUGCUGCCGUUUUACAUUUCAGUGGUCCUGCAAAACCCUGGCUUGAGAUUGGGUCGGCAGAGGUACAAAGCCUAUGGAAUAAACAUGUAAAUUUGUCAAAUGAAUUUAUUAAGAAAUGUAGAAUUAUGGGGUGAAGAGGACGAAGUGCUCUCCCCCGUUCAUAUGAUCGAUAAAUCAAACGCGAGUGUGAUGGGAUAGUAUGAAUCCCAGAGGGAAGAAGGUGCUGCCUUCAGUCUCUGCUCAUACUUUGCUCUCCACAAUAUAGUGAUUGUAAUUGUAAUUGUUGUCCAUAAUGCAAUAUAGUUGAAGAAA